CAGAUCCCCGGGGCGGCGAUGGAUCGAGUCAGCCUGCUGUGGCGUCUGAGGCGCCGGGCUCGCCGUGGAGCACUCUGCAUGGCCUUCUUCUGCAUCUCCAUGGCUCUGUUGUACGCCCUCUGCGCUGAAAACAGCGUGCCCGUCACAGACGCCAUCUUCGGUGUCCGGGCGCGAACCCGGGCUCAGCCUCGUGCACACUCUGUCAUCAAGGUGCUGAGAGGCGGAGCCAAGCCCAUGUACAUUGACCCUCAGAAGCUCCCGGGUGUCGUCCCAGGUGACCCUCACCGUCCAAUCCCUGUCCUCUCCUCUCCAAACCACACCCACGAAGCCGCGGACUCGACGUCAAAGCGGCGGCAGAGAGAGCGGGAGCCCUCCGGGUUUUUCUCUCGCCUGCUGCCGCGCCCCUUCACUCGCGCGCUGGAGACCUUGUUCGGAGGCCGGCGGAGGGGCGAGCUGAGUGGCCGAGGGGGGGACGCGGAGUUCUUCGGGCCUCACGGGCUUUUGGGAGAGGUGUGGGAUGACGAGAUGUCCAGUAACAUGCUGGGGAGCAGACUGAAGAAGGUGGUGCAGAAUUAUCAGGCGAUGAAUAAGUACGGGGUCGAGUUCUCCGGCCCCGGCAGUGUGUCCAGCAGGCCCAAGUUGAGCGGUCCCAAGCUUCUCUGCCAACUGAAGGACACGGUCGAGGUCACGACUUUGACCUCUGACCUCCAGCCCUUCUCUGCGCUGCCCUGGGCCACCCAGCUGCCACCGAAGCAGCUGACCUCUGACCUCGGGCCCUACAAGACCUGCGCUGUGGUGUCGUCUGCAGGGUCGCUCCGCAACUCUGGACUGGGCAAAGAGAUAGACUCUCAUGAUGCGGUGCUGCGCUUCAACGCAGCGCCCACCACCGGCUAUGAGAAAGACGUCGGCUCUAAAACCACGAUCCGCCUCAUCAACUCACAGGUGAUGGCGUCUGAUGACCACCGUUUCCUGUCCAGCUCUCUGUACAGCUCAGGUGCUCUAGUGGCCUGGGACCCCGCCCCCUUCUCAGCUGACCUCACUCAGUGGUACAACAGGACAGACUACCCCAUCUUCACCCAGUACCAGAGAUACAGGAGGCUUCAUCCUAUGCAGCCUUUCUACAUCCUGCAUCCUCGCUUUGAGUGGCAGGUCUGGCAACGAAUACAAGACAACAUGGCUGAGCCCAUCCAGAAGAACCCGCCCUCCUCGGGCCUGCUCGGCACUGUCCUGAUGAUGUCGCUGUGCGAGGUGGUGCACGUUUACGAGUUCCUGCCGUCCCGCAGGAAGACGGAGCUCUGCCAUUACUACCAGCGCUUCUUUGACGCCGCCUGCACGCUCGGCGCCUACCACCCUCUGCUGUACGAGAAAAACCUGGUCAAACGGAUGAACCAGGGCUCCGACCGCGACAUCUACAAUCAUGGACGCGUCAUGUUGCCUGGGUUCGGCAAGCUGAACUGCACCCAGGCUGCCGGAGGUGGACCCAACCACUGA